AUAAUUUCAUGUAAAAAUUUUUGUGAAAACCCUAAUACAAAAUGGUUGACAUGGCAUCUCCAAGUCAAAGUCUAUCAUCAACAUCGGAAAUACUUCAAAAUAUUGUUGACAUGUCAGCGUCACCAAGUCAAAGCUUAACAUCAACACCGGAAAUCAUUCCAAAUAUUGAAAUACAAAAAAUUUUACGAAAUGAGAACGACGAGACAUCACUUAUUAGUAAAUGGUAUGCUGGCAGAAGCGUCUUGGUCACUGGUGCGACAGGUUUUGUUGGUAAAGUUUUAAUUGAAAAAUUGUUACGAUCAUGCCCAAACAUAAAUAAAAUUUAUGUGUUGAUACGUUUUAAAAAGGGAAAAAAACCAGAAGAUCGAUUAGCUGAUAUGAUACAAUUGCCACUAUUCAGUGAAAUAAAAAAAAGCAAUUUGAAGGCAUUUCAAAAACUUCAUGUUAUUAAUGGCGACUUAUCAUUACCAAAUUUAAAUUUGAGUGACGAAGAUAAGACAGAAAUUAUCAAUAACGUGUCAAUUAUAUUUCAUUGUGGAGCUAAUUUGAAUAUUCAUGAGCAAAUUAAGUUAUCAAUAACAACAAAUGCAAUUGGAACCAAAGAUUUAUUGCGACUCAGUAAUUAUAUUCAACAAUUAGAUGCGUUUGUAUUUUUGUCAACAAUCUUUGCACAUGAUCAGAAGUCUGCAAUUAUUGAUGAAAAACCUGCUGCACAAUCAAAGCCAGCUGUAAAAAUAGCUGAAUCAAUUUUAUCAUUUCGAGAAGAUUCUGUUGAUAAAUUUUUAACUGAAUUUUUAUCUUCAGAUUCGAAUGUUUAUCAUUACAGUAAACGUUUAGCGGAACAAAUAAUAAUACAAGAAACAAAUAUAUUUCCGACUUGUAUUGUUCGAUGCAGUAUUGUUACUGCAUCGUUAACAGAACCCUUUCCUGGUUGGAUCGAUAACGAACAUGGACCCACAAACAUUAUUAUUGGUACUGGUAAAGGUACUAUCCGAUCGUACAGAGGAUAUUACAGUUAUACAGCGGAUUUGGUUCCUGUUGACAUUUUGGUUAAUUGUUUAAUUACUGCCGGCUACAAUAUUGGAAAAGAAAAAUGUAAAAAUGUAUCCAUAUUCAAUUGUACAUCAGGGAACCUAAAUAGAUUAACUUGGGGGCAAUUCAGUGUAUAUGUUCCAAAUUCUGCUAGAAAAUGCCCAUUUGAAAAUAUUACGUGGUUUCCAAGAUCAAAUUUAAGACAAUCCACAUUAUUGCAUAAUUUCCAUGUGCGCGUGUUACAUGCGAUACCGGCAUACGUUUAUGAUCUAAUUGGUGUUGUAUUUGGAAAAGAACGAAGUUAUGUCAAAACGUACUCCAAAUAUCGAGAAGCUGUAAACGAUUUCGAAUAUUAUACAACACAUCAAUGGAACGUCGAUAAUACCAAUUUAUUAACUUUACAAUCAACUUUAUCACAACGUGAUAAAUGGACAUUUAAUUUUAACAUAUUAUCUAUAACUUGGCCUGAAUAUUUUGAUAAUUAUGUUAAAGGUGUACGUAAAUAUGUACUAAAAAAAGAUGAUGCAACAAUACCUGACUCUAAAUCUCGUUUGAGAAGAAUGUUUCUUUUGCAUCAAUGUUAUCAACUGACAUUUGUCGCCGUAUUUACAUACUUAUUUACUCACCCAGUAGUAAAAAAAGUUUUACGGCAAACGGUUUCGAGUGCAAUCGUAUGGUAUUCAAAAUAUAAUGUUGAUUUACCAAUAUCACAGUUAAUAACAAAUGUAAAUUAUGAUCAACAACAGAAACCGGCAUUUUCAUUAAAAAUUAUUACUUUGGAUCUACCGAUAAACGAUUAA